AAGUCGUGUGUACCUUAGGUAGGGCUGAGAGAGAAGUCGCAGGGAGCACCGUGAAACACACGGGACUUGUAUUCAGUCCAACUCGAUCCUCGAACUGGUCCCGUGUGCGUGGCGUGCAGCGUGUGACCGCCGGCGUCAGUCACAGCAUCCGCGUGAUACUUGACAUUUCGCGCUUCGCGUUACGCUUCCUUGCGACAAUACCGCGAGAUAAGCUUCUCGGACAUCGUCAAAUUAUUACAAUAGUAUAAGUCGCAUUUUUCUGUGUCGAAAAGCAGGCUCCGAAAGUAAACGACUGAGCUGCGUUUUAUCGUAUCUUUCUUGAUUAUUCUCUCUGUGAGGAAAAUAAUCUAAAUUUUAGUCACGUUAAAAUAUCUUCGUAGAAAAUUAAAGAAAUCUUUCAAUCAUAUACGUUUAUUUUGAAAAUAGAUUUGAGUUAAAUAUGUCAAUGCAGCUUCAUAUAUAUUUCAUCCUCAUAAUUUUAGAAUCAGUAAAAUUCGAGACGAAAAUAUUUCGUGGAAAUUUUAACGAAUAAAGAAUUAUUUUAUUUUGGAUUUGUCUUUAAAUACUGAGAUAUAGAAAAAUUAUGAAAAUAAAAAAAAAAAACGUUUUAUUGUUAUUAUCUACUCAGUCGUUUCUUAUAGCGUUGUUUGUUUCAUCUAACGAUUUACAUGAAGUAAGUAGGCACGCGAGGCAAAUAAUGAUUUAAAGAAAAGGAAAAGGCCGAAAGGAUUUGGCUUCGUUUCUUCCGGAGCUAACUCGAAUUGAUAAAGAGCACGGCGGGAGGGUUAAAGGAUCGUUGAUACGAGAUCGAAGCGUGAUAGUGCGCGAGACAACAGAUCCAUCAGCGAAAAUGAACGGUUUGACGGUUUGUUUGGUACUUCUCUCGACGAUGCCGGGAAUCCUCGGAAACUGUCCCGCGGUACAGCCACCGCAAGGAGGGAUAGUGAGGGAGAAGAUUCUUCAGAACGGUACUCUGCAAGCUAUAUACUCGUGCGAGCAGAGCCGUAGACUUAAGGGUCACAAGGUGAUGACUUGCACCACCGACGGUUGGGACCAUCCUAUUCCGAAAUGCGUGCCUCGCGAUAACAAGGUAUUUCGACAUUUCCGUAACAAUUUCUAUCUCGGCGAUCAACCGAUCGUUUCGGACGGGAGCGACCUGCAAACCGCAAACGAAUAUCUAAAUGCGCCGGAUAAAAUAGAUGAAUUAAAGAAGCGCAAAAAAACAAAAGAUGGCAAGAAGAGAAAGAAAAAAAGGAAGAAGCCAGCGCGCGAAAAAUCCUUGUCAAAAUCACCUACGGCGAGAAGGCUAAAUGAAACUGUGGUGUCUCAACUGGAUAUCAGCUGUUUCGCGAAGACUCUGGGAAAGAAACUUAUUAAGGCUCCUUCGAUCGAACACGCUUACCUUGCCAAGUACGCCAGAAGGAAGAACGUACUGCCGCCGUACAAUCGAUACCUCGUUGCGGUUUACGAGUGCGCGGAUGGUUACGUGUUCGUGGAUUCGACGACGGAUAGGCUUUUUUGCAGUAACGGCACUUGGCUCGGACGUCGUCCGAAAUGCGUGAGAGAAAAUCAACUGUCGAUCGAAAAGGUGAAACGUUGCGAUCAGGGUACAGGUGAAUGCGAACACGUGUGCGAGGAUACGCCAAUCGGUAUAAAGUGUUCCUGUUUCGAUGGCUUUCGAGCUAAAGGAUCCUCUUGCAUAGACAUCGACGAGUGUGCGGAAGGUAUAACGAAAUGCGCCGAUAUCUGUCGGAACGAACCUGGUUCCUACUCCUGCGAGUGUCAUCAUGGUUUUCAGCUGGGAACCGACGGUCAUUCUUGCCAAGAUAUCAACGAGUGUCUGUCAAACAAUGGACACGGGCCUUGUCAAGGCAGUUGUCGCAAUCUCGUAGGCGGCUACGAGUGCAGCUGCGCGGAUAUUCCUGGAUACAAAUUAGCUGCCGACAAUCACACUUGCGAGGAUAUUGACGAAUGUGCUCUGAAUAACGCAAAUUGCUCUCACCUGUGCUUGAACACGCCUGGAAGUGUCUUCUGUCUCUGUCCGGAUGGCUUCUAUCUAACUAAUGAUUGGAAGACUUGUCAAGAUGUUGAUGAAUGCAAAACGACGUCGGAGAUUUGUACAGAAGAUACCGAGUGCGAGAAUACAGUGGGAUCUUACAAGUGCAUAAGUAAAGUACAUCCAAACAUGGUAACAAAGAUCCUUCGAGAAGAAGAUUACGAUAACGAGAGCGAAGACGAUAACGAGGAAGACAGUGACGACGACAAUGAUUAUGGAGAGGAGAUUACCGAAGUUCCGCAGAAUCCGCACAAGUGCGAGGAUGGCUUCAAGAAGAAUGAAAAUUUCGAGUGCGUCGACAUAAACGAGUGCGACGAGAAUAAAUCGCACGGCUGUCAACACGAGUGCGUGAACGAGCCGGGCCGCUAUCGUUGCAUCUGUCAUGAUGGUUACAGACUUGCAGAGGAUGGUGCGAUGUGUAAGGAUGUGGACGAGUGCACGGACAAGUCUCACGCUUGUUCCCACAUCUGUCUUAAUAUCGUCGGCGCGUACACGUGCGAGUGUCCUCCUGGAUUCGUCCUGAUGAAGGACAAUGCGACCUGCGAGGAACAGAGGAACUGCACCAGCUUCAAGAAUCUUUGCUCUCACAUGUGCGAGGAUACCGAAGACGGGCCGCGAUGCGUCUGUCCGAUCGGAUACCAGCUGUUGGACGAUCGAGCGACUUGCUCGGACGUCGACGAGUGUCUGGAGAACGAGCACGAUUGUUCGCACGAGUGCGUUAAUAUCCCCGGCAGUUAUCAUUGCGCUUGUCCGCGAGAUAUGAAGCUUCUCGAGGACGGUCUCACGUGCGGGGAUUUCACGUGUUCUCGAGGACUUAGACGGGACGACGACAAUGAUGAGUGUCAAGACAUCGACGAGUGUCUCGAGGGCGAUCACGAGUGUUCGCAUUUGUGCCUUAACGAAUACGCGUCCUACCGUUGCUCGUGUCCUUCCGGAUGGAUCCUGGAGGAUGAUGGUCUCACCUGCGCGAAGAUCGAUCCUUGCUCCAAUUCCUCGUGCUCGCACUCGUGCGUAACGAUAGAUACGAGUUAUAGAUGCGAGUGUCCCGCGGGUUAUUCUUUGGACGUGGACGGCAACACGUGUAAGGAUCAGGACGAGUGUGAAAACGAGGCGGCGAACGAUUGCAGUCACGAUUGUAAGAAUCUCGAGGGAUCUUACUCAUGUUCCUGUCCGACAGGAUUCGAGCUUGAAGAGGAUAAUCGUACAUGCAUCGCCGUCAUCCAGGACGAGUGUACAGAGUCUCAAGAAAAUAACAAUUGCACCUGUCCUACAGGAUAUUUAUAUUCGCAUAAAGAACAUAUCUGCGAAGAUAUCGACGAGUGCCAGGACGAACGGGAACAUAAAUGUUCCCACGAUUGUAUUAAUAUUAAGGGCUCUUACUUUUGCGAGUGUCCUUCCGGUUGGCAUCUGCAAGAAGAUUCUAGGACCUGCGAGCAAUUGUCGGACGAUCCUUGCGCCCAGGAUCACGGUUGCUCACACACGUGCGAACAGAUCGACGGGGGGAUUCGUUGUGGCUGCCCGGAAGGACACGAGUUACAGGACGACGAGAAGACUUGCCAAGAUAUAGACGAAUGCUCCGACGGAUCUCACACGUGCAGUCACGUUUGCAUUAAUACCGAAAGAGCUUAUCAUUGCGAAUGUCCUUCGGGAUUUCAAUUAAAUAACGAUCGCAGAAACUGCGAGGACAUCGACGAGUGCUCGUUCGAGGAUACAAGCUGCUCGCACGGAUGCUUGAAUACAAACGGCACUUUCAACUGUACUUGUCCCGAGGGAUACGAGCUGCAGGACGACGGCAGGACCUGCGAAGACAUCAACGAGUGUAUCCAGAAUAACGGAGGGUGUUCGCAUCUGUGCGCAAACACAGAAGGAAGCGUCGAAUGUGCGUGUCCCGACAACUACAAACUGUUGAAGGACGACGGCAAGACAUGCGUCGAGAUAAACGCGUGUUCGAUCGACAACGGAGGAUGCUCGCAUUUCUGUCAUCACGAGAACGACCGGGCAUCCUGUUCCUGCCCGCCCGAAAUGAUUUUAUCGGAGGACAAAAUGACGUGCGCGCACGAGAACGAGUGUCUGAAUGAAAAUAACGGCGGUUGUUCCCAUCUGUGUUAUUACGAGGACGGAACUGUCACUUGCGCCUGUCCAGCCGGUAUGAUCCUGGCGGAGGAUCAAAAGAUUUGCGUACGAGAAGAUGGAUGUAAGAUCGACAAUGGCGGUUGUUCUCACUCGUGUCACGAUCACGAGGACGGUAAUGUGACAUGUUCGUGUCCCGAAGAAAUGAUCCUGUCGGAGGACGAUGACACUCUUUGUAUUCACAGAAACCUAUGUUUGGUUGAGAAUGGAGGAUGCUCGGACAUUUGCUUCUUCGCGGAGGACUCGAUCGUCUGCGAGUGUCCUGACGGUUAUCGUCUGUCACCGCGGGACAAUGCAACUUGCGUGGACAUCGACGAGUGUCUGGAACUGGAUGACAAUUGUACUCAUCAAUGCGUGAACGCACUCGGCAGCUUCGAUUGUUCCUGCAACAUCGGUUUCACGCAGAAUCUUCAAGAUCCUACUCUCUGCGACGAUAUCAACGAAUGCGAGAGCGAGAACGCGGGAUGUUCGCAUUCGUGCGUGAAUCUCGUAGGUUCCUUCCAGUGUCUGUGUCCAGCGGAAUAUAUUCUGGAGCGAAAUAAUAGAACUUGCAUUUUGAUAGACGGUUGCAAGCGCGACAAUGGCAAUUGUUCUCAUUAUUGUCAUCAGGAAGAAGAUCCCGACAAAGUUGCAAUCUCGAACGUCAGUUGCUCUUGCCCGCUCGGCUUCCGCCUGAAACGUGAUCUCAGAACCUGCGAGGACAUCGACGAAUGCGAGGAGUUUGAGAACGACGUGGAAUCGAGCUGCUCUCACACGUGCGUAAACACCGAGGGUGGUUAUCGUUGCGAGUGUCCCGCUGGCUAUAUCCUGAUGCCGGACGAUGAGAAAAAGUGCGUGGACGUGGACGAGUGUCUGACCGAUCGUCACAAUUGCACCCACGAAUGCGUAAACUUGCUGGGCGGCUACACGUGCGCCUGUCACGAGGGACAUUACUUGCAUGCCGAUGAGUCCACCUGCCUGGACAUCGACGAGUGUCAAGAGCGGAACGGCGAGUGUUCCCACGUUUGCAACAACACCGUUGGCGGCCACUUCUGCUCCUGUCUGACCGGCUACGAGCUGUCCCAGGACGAGAGAACCUGUGUCGAUGUCGACGAAUGCGCAAACGACAACGGUGAUUGUGAUUAUACGACAUGCAUCAACACCCUUUAUAAAGCGAUUAAUGGUCGAUCCUUCUCUUUCCUCCUCAAUAUUUUUUUAGACAUCGACGAGUGUGCGGAAGGUAUAACGAAAUGCGCCGAUAUCUGUCGGAACGAACCUGGUUCCUACUCCUGCGAGUGUCAUCAUGGUUUUCAGCUGGGAACCGACGGUCAUUCUUGCCAAGAUAUCAACGAGUGUCUGUCAAACAAUGGACACGGGCCUUGUCAAGGCAGUUGUCGCAAUCUCGUAGGCGGCUACGAGUGCAGCUGCGCGGAUAUUCCUGGAUACAAAUUAGCUGCCGACAAUCACACUUGCGAGGAUAUUGACGAAUGUGCUCUGAAUAACGCAAAUUGCUCUCACCUGUGCUUGAACACGCCUGGAAGUGUCUUCUGUCUCUGUCCGGAUGGCUUCUAUCUAACUAAUGAUUGGAAGACUUGUCAAGAUGUUGAUGAAUGCAAAACGACGUCGGAGAUUUGUACAGAAGAUACCGAGUGCGAGAAUACAGUGGGAUCUUACAAGUGCAUAAGUAAAGUACAUCCAAACAUGGUAACAAAGAUCCUUCGAGAAGAAGAUUACGAUAACGAGAGCGAAGACGAUAACGAGGAAGACAGUGACGACGACAAUGAUUAUGGAGAGGAGAUUACCGAAGUUCCGCAGAAUCCGCACAAGUGCGAGGAUGGCUUCAAGAAGAAUGAAAAUUUCGAGUGCGUCGACAUAAACGAGUGCGACGAGAAUAAAUCGCACGGCUGUCAACACGAGUGCGUGAACGAGCCGGGCCGCUAUCGUUGCAUCUGUCAUGAUGGUUACAGACUUGCAGAGGAUGGUGCGAUGUGUAAGGAUGUGGACGAGUGCACGGACAAGUCUCACGCUUGUUCCCACAUCUGUCUUAAUAUCGUCGGCGCGUACACGUGCGAGUGUCCUCCUGGAUUCGUCCUGAUGAAGGACAAUGCGACCUGCGAGGAACAGAGGAACUGCACCAGCUUCAAGAAUCUUUGCUCUCACAUGUGCGAGGAUACCGAAGACGGGCCGCGAUGCGUCUGUCCGAUCGGAUACCAGCUGUUGGACGAUCGAGCGACUUGCUCGGACGUCGACGAGUGUCUGGAGAACGAGCACGAUUGUUCGCACGAGUGCGUUAAUAUCCCCGGCAGUUAUCAUUGCGCUUGUCCGCGAGAUAUGAAGCUUCUCGAGGACGGUCUCACGUGCGGGGAUUUCACGUGUUCUCGAGGACUUAGACGGGACGACGACAAUGAUGAGUGUCAAGACAUCGACGAGUGUCUCGAGGGCGAUCACGAGUGUUCGCAUUUGUGCCUUAACGAAUACGCGUCCUACCGUUGCUCGUGUCCUUCCGGAUGGAUCCUGGAGGAUGAUGGUCUCAGCUGCGCGAAGAUCGAUCCUUGCUCCAAUUCCUCGUGCUCGCACUCGUGCGUAACGAUAGAUACGAGUUAUAGAUGCGAGUGUCCCGCGGGUUAUUCUUUGGACGUGGACGGCAACACGUGUAAGGAUCAGGACGAGUGUGAAAACGAGGCGGCGAACGAUUGCAGUCACGAUUGUAAGAAUCUCGAGGGAUCUUACUCAUGUUCCUGUCCGACAGGAUUCGAGCUUGAAGAGGAUAAUCGUACAUGCAUCGCCGUCAUCCAGGACGAGUGUACAGAGUCUCAAGAAAAUAACAAUUGCACCUGUCCUACAGGAUAUUUAUAUUCGCAUAAAGAACAUAUCUGCGAAGAUAUCGACGAGUGCCAGGACGAACGGGAACAUAAAUGUUCCCACGAUUGUAUUAAUAUUAAGGGCUCUUACUUUUGCGAGUGUCCUUCCGGUUGGCAUCUGCAAGAAGAUUCUAGGACCUGCGAGCAAUUGUCGGACGAUCCUUGCGCCCAGGAUCACGGUUGCUCACACACGUGCGAACAGAUCGACGGGGGGAUUCGUUGUGGCUGCCCGGAAGGACACGAGUUACAGGACGACGAGAAGACUUGCCAAGAUAUAGACGAAUGCUCCGACGGAUCUCACACGUGCAGUCACGUUUGCAUUAAUACCGAAAGAGCUUAUCAUUGCGAAUGUCCUUCGGGAUUUCAAUUAAAUAACGAUCGCAGAAACUGCGAGGACAUCGACGAGUGCUCGUUCGAGGAUACAAGCUGCUCGCACGGAUGCUUGAAUACAAACGGCACUUUCAACUGUACUUGUCCCGAGGGAUACGAGCUGCAGGACGACGGCAGGACCUGCGAAGACAUCAACGAGUGUAUCCAGAAUAACGGAGGGUGUUCGCAUCUGUGCGCAAACACAGAAGGAAGCGUCGAAUGUGCGUGUCCCGACAACUACAAACUGUUGAAGGACGACGGCAAGACAUGCGUCGAGAUAAACGCGUGUUCGAUCGACAACGGAGGAUGCUCGCAUUUCUGUCAUCACGAGAACGACCGGGCAUCCUGUUCCUGCCCGCCCGAAAUGAUUUUAUCGGAGGACAAAAUGACGUGCGCGCACGAGAACGAGGAUCAGAAUGAAAAUAACGGCGGUUGUUCCCAUCUGUGUUAUUACGAGGACGGAACUGUCACUUGCGCCUGUCCAGCCGGUAUGAUCCUGGCGGAGGAUCAAAAGAUUUGCGUACGAGAAGAUGGAUGUAAGAUCGACAAUGGCGGUUGUUCUCACUCGUGUCACGAUCACGAGGACGGUAAUGUGACAUGUUCGUGUCCCGAAGAAAUGAUCCUGUCGGAGGACGAUGACACUCUUUGUAUUCACAGAAACCUAUGUUUGGUUGAGAAUGGAGGAUGCUCGGACAUUUGCUUCUUCGCGGAGGACUCGAUCGUCUGCGAGUGUCCUGACGGUUAUCGUCUGUCACCGCGGGACAAUGCAACUUGCGUGGACAUCGACGAGUGUCUGGAACUGGAUGACAAUUGUACUCAUCAAUGCGUGAACGCACUCGGCAGCUUCGAUUGUUCCUGCAACAUCGGUUUCACGCAGAAUCUUCAAGAUCCUACUCUCUGCGACGAUAUCAACGAAUGCGAGAGCGAGAACGCGGGAUGUUCGCAUUCGUGCGUGAAUCUCGUAGGUUCCUUCCAGUGUCUGUGUCCAGCGGAAUAUAUUCUGGAGCGAAAUAAUAGAACUUGCAUUUUGAUAGACGGUUGCAAGCGCGACAAUGGCAAUUGUUCUCAUUAUUGUCAUCAGGAAGAAGAUCCCGACAAAGUUGCAAUCUCGAACGUCAGUUGCUCUUGCCCGCUCGGCUUCCGCCUGAAACGUGAUCUCAGAACCUGCGAGGACAUCGACGAAUGCGAGGAGUUUGAGAACGACGUGGAAUCGAGCUGCUCUCACACGUGCGUAAACACCGAGGGUGGUUAUCGUUGCGAGUGUCCCGCUGGCUAUAUCCUGAUGCCGGACGAUGAGAAAAAGUGCGUGGACGUGGACGAGUGUCUGACCGAUCGUCACAAUUGCACCCACGAAUGCGUAAACUUGCUGGGCGGCUACACGUGCGCCUGUCACGAGGGACAUUACUUGCAUGCCGAUGAGUCCACCUGCCUGGACAUCGACGAGUGUCAAGAGCGGAACGGCGAGUGUUCCCACGUUUGCAACAACACCGUUGGCGGCCACUUCUGCUCCUGUCUGACCGGCUACGAGCUGUCCCAGGACGAGAGAACCUGUGUCGAUGUCGACGAAUGCGCGAACGACAACGGUGAUUGUGAUUAUACGACAUGCAUCAACACCCUGGGAUCCUUUCGCUGCGAAUGCUUGCCAGGUCACGUACCGCGAAACGGAUCCUGUCGACCGUCCGAUCCUUGUCAGGACGAGCGCAACGGCGGCUGCGAACAGAUUUGCGUCGCGGUGAACGGUACCGCGGUGUGCUCGUGCGAGGAAGGUUUUCAAAAGGGCGGGAUCGAUGAUUCCGAGUGUCAUGACAUCGACGAAUGCGAGGGAGAGCACAGCUGCGAUCAUAUCUGCGUCAAUAAACCUGGCUCUUACGAGUGCAAAUGUAAGGAAGGAUUCCGGAUGAUGAAUUCUACUUGCGUCGACGUCGACGAAUGCGCGGCUGGUAUCUGCAAGGGCAACAAAUGCACCAACAUGCCGGGCGGUUAUCGUUGCGAGUGCGAGGCGGGAUAUCGAUUCCAGGACGAUACCUGUGUAGACAUCGACGAGUGCAUCGAAAGGGCACCUUGCAACGAGAAAUGCAUCAAUACACCCGGUUCGUAUUAUUGCACGUGUCCUCCUGGAUUUCAACUGCAAGGGGACGAAUGCGUAGAUAUCGACGAAUGCGAAUGGCAUCGUGACGGAUGCGAUCAAGAGUGCAUUAAUACCGUGGGAUCUUUUAUUUGCGCUUGUCGGGCUGGAUACGCGUUAAUUUCGAGGAGGCAAUGUCAAGAUGUGAACGAAUGUCUAAGCCAAAACGGCGGUUGCACAGGCGAGUGUGUCAAUACCGCCGGAAGUUACUACUGCACUUGCAGUGUGGAUUUAGUGUUGGCACCCGACGAGAGGACUUGCGUCUCACCAACAUCGAAAUGUCAUGCUAUAGAGCCACCUUUACACGGAGAGAUUAGAUGUCCCGGCCACCCUUCCGGAGCAUCCGUCUAUCCGCAGGGUGCCAAGUGUCACGUUCGAUGUCGGGGAGGAUUUCGACUAGAAGGGCCGCACACGAGACACUGCGUUAGCGAGGGCCGAUGGAACGGGAAAGAGCCUAUCUGUCUGCGUGAAGUUGUGACAGACUCCCUUUAUAAUCCAAACAUGCCACGACCGUUCGUGAGCUGCCCCCAGGACAUGGAUGUCGAACUGCCGGCUAGGCAAAACACUAUACGGGUAACUUUCCCACAACCGAAGUCCAACAUGAACUGGUGGAGAUACGUACACGCCUCACCCCCGUGGGCAAAGCAAAUGCAAGCGGAUCUGCUGGCGGGUACGACGAUCGUUACCUUUACGGCGUGGUCGCCGGUCUCUAAUUACACCAGCACCUGUAGAAUUGUGAUAAGAGUACGCGAUACGGAAAAUCCCAAGGUUACAAUGUGUCCCACGUCCUUCGAAGUCAGAUUGAGUCCGGGAGAACGAAACCGUUUGAUAUUCUGGCAAGAACCGACGUUCACCGACAAUGUCGCAGUGGAGCACGUUUAUAAGACGAGGGGUCCCGGACACGUGAUGUAUCCUGGCGUUCACAGCGUGCGCUACGUCGCCUCGGAUGCAGCCGGAAAUCGAGCCGAAUGCCAUUUCUCGAUACACGUGAGAGAAUCCGAGGAGGAUCAUAAUUCUGAACCGAGAUUCUACAGAAGAAAGAUGCUGAUGUGUCCCGGCAGACCGCCGCAGCCCGUGUCGAGCUCCUCUUACAGCUGGCAAAUACCGAGCGGUUGUUACCUGAGAUACACCAGAAUCUUCUCGGGGGCUUAUCAGCGGCAUCCGGAACGUUGGCAGGACGGUUAUCAGGAUGCUGGCGCUUCUUAUCGCGAACUUUCGCCCAUCCAGCAGACACAGAGUCGCCCAGACAUUACCGUGCCGUACAACAAUGAUAAUUAUCGACACUCCGGGCGACAGCAUUACCCCUGGCAAGGGCAGGAACAGCAGCUGUUGCACCGGCAAUAUCGGCAACGCGCCACGAGGACCGAUCACGUAGUUUCGCCACCGACUCAUUACGGUACGGGCCGCGUCGAGACGAGAAUAUUGCCGUCGCGGCAUGAAUGUUGCACGUAAAGGGCCACGUGAACGACGUGUAAUAAGGGAACACGUAAGUUAACUCGGCGCUCGUGUAAAGGAAAAUUCUAUCGCGUAAAUCGCGCCGCGGGAGCAUCUGCGGAAAUCUUGCCUCGCGUUCGUAUAUAUAUAUAUCGGAGCGCCUAUUUAUCCGUGCCGCACGAUGCAAAUUGAUCAACGCCGAAGACAGCAGUCAAGAACGGAAAAAUAUAUAUGUCUUGCGUAACUGCAUGUAUUAGAAUCUUGAUUUUAUAAGCGAUUUAAAAAAUUUUUUUUUCUAUUCUUCAUUUUUCGGUAUUUUUCUCCCGCGGUCCUUCGAUAAAAAAUGAUGCACGAUUAUGAAGAAUCUAUCAUAAUUAUUAACUUUUAUGAGAUUUUUACGCUUCUGAAAUUUCUCAAACAAUUUACCGAGAUUUUCAGACAAGAUUCGAGUUUUAUAAUACGAAGAUACUGCGGUAAUUAUUUACGCGUAGCUAC